AGCACACCCAAGAAGGAAUGUAAGAGAAUGCAGCCACCAUGCUGGUUGUGGUUAAGUGCAGCAAACAGCUUGGCGUCACUCAGCCCUGCUGCGCAAGCGUAUUGAGAGUACGCUUCACUCCGCCCCUUCUCGUGCACGCGCUCAGAGCCCGCAACUCUCGCGAGAGAAGCGAGAUUUAUUCCUACGUACCGGGCCGUGCUGCUUAUGGCGGCGCUGGAGAGGGGGCGCUGAGCUGUUGGGUAUGAAGUGUAACAGAACAGACUUUACCACCUGAAACUGCUGCUUCAAGUUCAGAUCAGGCAAGGAACAAACCUCGUAACAACUAACAAGACCAAAGAAGAGUACACUUAAGUUGAAGACACAACACUUGAUCUGAAACAAGAAGUUUGUGCCUACUCAAUAGCUUUGAAAGAGCACUUCCCAACGCUGCUAGUAGUCUUUGUUUUCUUCAGUGCUGUACUGUGAGAUUGCCCGGUACAGCAGCAGUUGUAUUCUUUAUUAGCUUGGUAGAUCAUUUUCUCUCGCUCUUUUUUUUAAUACUAGCAACUUUCAUCCUUUCAAACGUGUGCUGAAAAAGAAGAAUCAGCAAAUACUACUGAAAGUGCAAUAUUUGAUUAUCACUGCGAGAUGAGCUUUGAUCCAAACCUUCUCCACAACAAUGGACAUAAUGGGUACCCUAAUGGUACUUCAGCAGCACUGCGUGAAACUGGGGUUAUUGAAAAACUGUUAACCUCUUACGGAUUUAUUCAGUGUUCAGAACGUCAAGCUAGACUUUUCUUCCACUGUUCACAGUAUAAUGGCAACCUGCAAGACUUAAAAGUAGGAGAUGAUGUUGAAUUUGAAGUAUCAUCGGACCGGCGGACUGGGAAACCCAUUGCUGUUAAACUGGUGAAGAUAAAACAAGAAAUCCUCCCUGAAGAACGAAUGAAUGGACAAGAAGUGUUUUAUCUGACUUACACCCCUGAAGAUGUCGAAGGGAACGUUCAGCUGGAAACUGGAGAUAAAAUAAACUUUGUAAUUGAUAACAAUAAACAUACUGGUGCUGUAAGUGCUCGCAACAUUAUGCUGUUGAAAAAGAAACAAGCCCGCUGUCAGGGAGUAGUUUGUGCCAUGAAGGAGGCAUUUGGCUUUAUUGAAAGAGGUGAUGUUGUAAAAGAGAUAUUCUUUCACUAUAGUGAAUUUAAGGGAGACUUAGAAACCUUACAGCCUGGUGAUGACGUGGAAUUCACAAUCAAGGACAGAAAUGGUAAAGAAGUUGCAACAGAUGUCAGACUAUUGCCUCAAGGAACAGUCAUAUUUGAAGAUAUCAGCAUUGAACAUUUUGAAGGAACUGUAACCAAAGUUAUCCCAAAAGUACCCAGUAAAAACCAGAAUGACCCAUUGCCAGGACGCAUCAAAGUUGACUUUGUGAUCCCUAAAGAACUUCCCUUUGGAGACAAAGAUACGAAAUCCAAGGUGACCCUGCUGGAAGGUGACCAUGUUAGGUUUAAUAUUUCAACAGACCGACGUGACAAAUUAGAACGAGCAACCAAUAUAGAAGUUCUGUCAAAUACAUUUCAGUUCACUAAUGAAGCCCGAGAAAUGGGUGUGAUUGCUGCCACGAGAGAUGGUUUUGGUUUCAUCAAGUGUGUGGAUCGUGACGUUCGUAUGUUCUUCCACUUCAGUGAAAUUCUGGAUGGGAACCAGCUCCAUAUUGCAGAUGAAGUAGAGUUUACUGUGGUUCCUGAUAUGCUCUCUGCUCAAAGAAAUCAUGCUAUUAGGAUUAAAAAACUUCCCAAGGGCACGGUUUCAUUUCAUUCCCAUUCAGAUCACCGUUUUCUGGGCACGGUAGAAAAGGAAGCCACUUUUUCCAAUCCUAAAACCACUAGCCCAAAUAAAGGCAAAGAGAAGGAGGCUGAGGAUGGCAUUAUUGCUUAUGAUGACUGUGGGGUGAAACUGACUAUUGCUUUUCAAGCCAAGGAUGUGGAAGGAUCUACUUCUCCUCAAAUAGGAGAUAAGGUUGAAUUUAGUAUUAGUGACAAACAGAGGCCUGGACAGCAGGUUGCAACUUGUGUGCGACUUUUAGGUCGUAAUUCUAACUCCAAGAGGCUCUUGGGUUAUGUGGCAACUCUGAAGGAUAAUUUUGGAUUUAUUGAAACAGCCAAUCAUGAUAAAGAAAUCUUUUUCCAUUACAGUGAGUUCUCUGGAGAUGUUGAUAGCCUGGAACUGGGGGACAUGGUCGAGUAUAGCUUGUCCAAAGGCAAAGGCAACAAAGUCAGUGCAGAAAAAGUGAACAAAACACACUCAGUGAAUGGCAUUACUGAGGAAGCUGAUCCUACCAUUUACUCUGGCAAAGUAAUUCGCCCCCUGAGGAGUGUUGAUCCAACACAGACUGAGUACCAAGGAAUGAUUGAGAUUGUGGAGGAGGGCGAUAUGAAAGGUGAGGUCUAUCCAUUUGGCAUCGUUGGGAUGGCCAACAAAGGGGAUUGCCUGCAGAAAGGGGAGAGCGUCAAGUUCCAAUUGUGUGUCCUGGGCCAAAAUGCACAAACUAUGGCUUACAACAUCACACCCCUGCGUAGGGCCACAGUGGAAUGUGUGAAAGAUCAGUUUGGCUUCAUUAACUAUGAAGUAGGAGAUAGCAAGAAGCUCUUUUUCCAUGUGAAAGAAGUUCAGGAUGGCAUUGAGCUACAGGCAGGAGAUGAGGUGGAGUUCUCAGUGAUUCUUAAUCAGCGCACUGGCAAGUGCAGCGCCUGUAAUGUUUGGCGAGUCUGUGAGGGCCCCAAGGCUGUUGCAGCUCCUCGACCUGAUCGGUUGGUCAAUCGCUUGAAGAAUAUCACUCUGGAUGAUGCCAGUGCUCCUCGCCUAAUGGUUCUUCGUCAGCCAAGGGGACCAGAUAACUCAAUGGGGUUUGGUGCAGAAAGAAAGAUCCGUCAAGCUGGUGUCAUUGACUAAUCACAUCCACAAAGCACAUCAUUAAUCCACUAUGAUCAAGUUGGGGGGAAUCUGGUGAAGGGUUCUGAAUAUCUCCCUCUUCAUCCCUCCCGAAAUCUGGAAUACUUAUUCUAUUGAGCUAUUACACCAGUUUUAACACCUUCCUCAUGUUAUGUUUAAAAAAGUAAAUAAAUUUAAGAAAACCAUUUUAAAAUAAUGCACAGUUGCAGCCUGGAAAAUUUAAGGUGGCGCCUUAUAGUAUCAAUUUUAGGAGCUUUAUUUGGUGCAUUUAACGCAACUGGUAAUUGCAGAAUCCACUUUGCCUGUGUAAGUGAAAAAUAUAGACUGUUAUCUUGUUGGCCCUAUGAAAUUCUGCACUUUUCAUUAUAUACUCUACCUUCAUUAAUUACUUCUGGCAAGAUGUUCUGCCUUGACACUCAGUUGCAUUCUUUUCCUUUUUCUUCCUGUUCAUUAUGCUUUAAUUCUGAGGACCAUAUGAGGGUAGAAUAUAUUAUCUUUUAAAAAUUACAAAAAUUUGUAACCAUUUCUUAAAGUUGAUGGCCAAAUUUUAAAAUGUUAUUUUUCAUAUCAUUUAUAAUCUUGUCACAGUCCACUUAAAGAAGUUUGGUUAUAUUUCAGUGAAAAUUAUCUUCCAGAGUAGGUUUUUUUUCGUGGGUUGGGGGGGUAACUUUACUACAAUUAGUAAGUAUGGUGCAGAAUUUCAUGCAAACGAGGAGUGCCAGCAGUGUGAUAAUUUAAACAAAAAAAAAUGAAUGCACAAACUUGCUGCUGCUUAGAUCACUGCAGCUUCUAGGACCCGGUUUCUUUUACUGAUUUAAAAACAAAACAAAAAAAAUAAAAAAGUUGUGCCUGAAAUGAAUCUUGUUUUUUUUAUAAGUAGCCGCCUGGUUACUGUGUCCUGUAAAAUACAGACACUUGACCCUUGGUGUAGCUUCUGUUCAACUUUAUAUCACGGGAAUGGAUGGGUCUGAUUUCUUGGCCCUCUUCUUGAAUUGGCCGUAUACAGGGUCCCUGGCCAGUGGACUGAAGGCUUUGUCGAAGAUGACAAGGGUCAGCUCAGGGGAUGUGGGGGAGGGCGGUUUUAUCUUCCCCCUUGUCGUUUGAGGUUUUGAUCUCUGGGUAAAGAGGCCGUUUAUCUUUGUAAACACAAAACAUUUUUGCUUUCUCCAGUUUUCUGUUAAUGGCGAAAGAAUGGAAGCGAAUAAAGUUUUACUGAUUUUUGAGACACUA